AUGGGUUUCGUUCACUUAAGCCCACAUGAUAGCGAGCUUGAGGCAGCGAGUGUGGUACUAGAGUUCCGCAGACCCGGACGCAUCACGUGGUGCCUGCCUAUAGUUUGUGUGUACCGACCCCCGUCGUCAAGAGUAGGAUUCUGGGAACAGUUUACUAGCUAUAUUGAUGAUGUGACUCGCCAAAUCAAGCAUGGUUCGCUAUGCAUUCUAGGAGAUCUAAAUGUAGACUGUUUAUCCGAUCCACUUCCUUCCCACUUCAGAGAUAUGUGUGCUGCCCACAAUGUUCGUAAUGUAGUGGCUGAGCCAACCAGAUUCCGUUCCACGUCUUGUUUGGAUGUAAUCUGCAUUACUAGCGAUAUCACUGCUGUUAAUGUGAAUGUCAUCCCAGAUCCCAUUAGUGAUCACUUUGCUGUAAAGGCUUGUCUUGAAAUAGGAAGCCAGGUGGACAGACCACAACGUAUCCGUGUCAGAACUCGAAAGAAGCCUCUCUCCACACUUGACUUUGAAGAGAUGUCAGAAAGAAUUGGUUCAGCCCUCACGGAGACUGGAAACAAAAUCACCGCUGACACUACUGUUGAUGACCUUGCAGACAAAUGGCAUGGCAGCAUUAAUGAUGUCCUGGACGAGCUAGAUCCACAUGUAGUGAAAAACAUUCAACUGAUUAAGCGAUCGCCAAAGCCAUGGAUUACUCGAGAAGCUACGUCUCUCCUUGCACGGCGACAGUACCUCCACCGUCGAGUCAGAAAGAAAGGAUCAAACGAUUCGGCCCUUUUAGAAGAAUACCGUCGGGUGCGGCGGGAAGGAACGCUAUUGAACAGACGUCUCCGCUCCAGGUAUUACCAGAAUGAAUUUAUGUCGGUGAAGAAACAGCCCCGGAACCAAUGGGUCCUGAUGAAUGCAUUGCUCCGCAGAAAGGCUAAGGACAGUGGCGAAGGAAUCGACCACAAAGGAGUCUCACAGGUUUUCCAACAAAUUGUCACUGAUCCUGAUAGGUUGCCACUUCUCUGUCCAUUCGGUUCACAUCGCCAGCCGUCAAUGUUAUCCAUACCGCAGCCUACAGUCACCAACAUCUUGAAGAUUCUUCGCACUCUGAACGUGCACAAGGCUCCGGGGCCGGACAGAAUACCCUCGAUCCUGUUUAAGAAUUGCCAUGAAGUUCUAGCAGGCUCACUGUGUGCAAUAUUCAAGGCAUCCAUUGAGGAGAGCAAGUUUCCAGCUUUGUUCAAACACGCAUCCGUCAGAGCCCUUUUCAAAGGCGGAGACCGCUCAGAGCCGCGAAACUUCCGACCCGUCUCUCUCUUGCCCAUUGCUAGUAAGGUCCUGGAGAAGCAUGUAUAUCGCCAGCUUACUCACCUCCUACUGGAGAAUCCCACCAUCAUCCCGCCACAACAAUUUGCGUACAGACGGCAUCAUUAA